CACCAUCCCAGCUUUCUUGUACAUCGCCGGCUAGGACUGGCUAUUGACAUUUAUUUUACCACCACUUCUUACUGCUCUGUUCCUUUAUUCAUAAUACUGUCAUUGAUCAUUGACCCGGACCCGUACUGCUUACUGUCUGGGAGCGACCCACGAAUCCGCCUACCCACGUUCAUAUCUACAUCCAGUCUGCUCGAAGCCAGUCAUUCGUGUGCGGAAUCCAUGCUGCAGUAUGCGCAACCUCUGUGAGAGCCAGCAAGCCCCUCUCUGAAGAAUCACACUUGGUUGCGCAACGCCGUGCUGGUACAGCGUCAUACAACAUUAACAACCAACCUCGCCUACACGCCCGUGCAACCACGUCAGCCUCGUGUGCUUACUUACAUGGUACCAUACGCUGUCAGCGUCAACAGCUUUCAGAUCGUUACUCCUACACAAGCGUGGACUACCACUACUUCAAUAAUUGAUGAGCUCUAGUGUCUCGACAUGGCUCAGACAGACGGUCAAUCGCGUGACGAUGCAGCGUUUGCUGAAGCUUCGCGUUGUGAUACAGUAGUUACCGAAACUGCCGAAAUCCGGAGGAUUCUGGUAGAGACAGAGACUCCUGCCUCUGCGCCGUCAUCGAGCCCUACUCCGCGCAACCCUGCGAACAAACUAUGGACCAAAACGUCUCAGCGCAAGGCCUACAUCCAACACCUGACAAACUGGGCGUCCAAUCAUGAUUCGUCCACCUACUUCCACGGUAGCAUCAGUCUACACCCGCAAGGCACCUUUCCUCGGGAAGUAGUUCAACUGGGCAAGUCAGUCAAUUGCCUCUUAACUGAUGUAUCUUCUGGAGAUACGCCUAAAAAUAUUGUCAUUCGCCUCUUCCAGUCGCAGCGACAUGACGGCAGUGCUCAACAGCGGAAAGGGCGCGGAAGGAAGGAUCCCGAUGAACCAUCUGAUACCGCAAGCUGGAACUCGACAAGCGUGUCUUGUAAGGGGAAUCAUCGCGCGAGGUUGCCAACUCGAAAUGGCCAUUCCAUUGCGCCUUAUCAGCUGGUUAUUCGUAGCGGGUCAAGCUGGGUACCAGCUCGCCAGUACCUUAACAACCACUACUUUGCACAUCAUGCCAAACCAGAGAAGGAAGUGGCUUCCCACCAACCUGCAAGUACAAGCUCAAAUACUAACGCUCAGCGACCUGCUUGGGUCAAUUUGACCGCCAAUAAUGUCAACUGGGCAAUUAACACUCCACCUGCGUCGGCAGUCUUGACGACCAACACCCAACCGCCUGCAUGGGCCAGUCUGACCGCCAAUAAUCUCAGCUUCAGCAAUCUCAACUUCAACAACACUAAUCGCAUUGCAGAAGUCACUCGGUCCGAGCAACCUGAUCAAGAGGCCUCACGCCCAGCCCAUUCGAGGCAUGCUGGACCCUUAUCUUCCGCAAAGGACACCGUCAAGAUUAGCCCGUUGUUCCAUCCUUUCCUCAGACUGCCACAAGAGCUUCAAGAUGAAAUCCUCUACCAGGCAGUUGGCUAUACGCGCGUCAUCAGUCUUACUCACUCAGUCCAUGUUAUGCAUGCUUCAUCGUCGUCAGAAUCGCCAAUCACAAUAUCGAAGCUUUUCCGACUAUCGAAGAUGAUCAGCGAGCAUAUGACCACCCACAUCUUCCGCAGUACGAACUUUCACUUCGGCAUAACAGGCUUCACGAGAUUCCUAUGGCAACUUGGGCCCGUCAAUCGCUCCAACCUACAGCAUCUUACGUUUCACUUUGGCAAGGCCUCUCUGUUGCAUUGCAUACGCUGGCUAGCGCCAGACCCGAUCUGGGAGCUUUUCGAACCUCCAGUUGUGACCAGCCCCUCAACCUUAACAUUGUUUUGGCGAUGUCAGCUCCAGGACUUGAUGAAGGAGGUGAGCCUUUCGACGCUUACGAUCGAUAUCAGAGACGUACCGGUCGGGGAUGUGCCUAUGCUCGUCAGGAUCCUUAAAACCGCGAUUGGCAGGGUCGAGCGCAUGCGUGUCAUCGGCAACCAUGUCCGCACUGGUGUCCUUAUUGAGGAGUAUGCUCAAGAUCUACACACAUGGUUAGGAGGCAUGCAAGAGCCGACAUGGAGGGAGCUGAGUCUGCGGUAUCACACCGAGUACAAUCAUCAGAGGUGGCACAUGAGACAUAUUUGGGCACUUCACGGUUUAGACAUCCGCCCACUGUUGGAUGCGUGGAUGGAUAAGGACAAGGCCUUCUUCGACUCCUAGGAGAGCAAGGAAGAGGUAUGGAUGAGAGUGUUUGGAGUAGAGCUACGAUCCUCGGUACCCAGCGUGGAAGAGCGCCGACGAUUGGCAAAGGAGCAUUGACGACGGACUGGCAGGCUUGACUACCAUGGUGGAAUCUUACAUAUUCCACUUGCGACCAACACGGCAGCUUCGCUGUUCCUAGGAUGGAGAUCAGUUCGCCGUCCAUGAUUUGAUGAACGGUUCAUGAAUGAUGAAUUCUUUAGGUAGCAUACCUUGUAAUCGUAUAACGGGAUUCACGCGCAC